UUUGUGUGUGAUCGAAAGAGCCGAAGCGAGUCGAGACGUACCUGGCUAAACCGGCCUACUGGAUGGAAAUUAGCCUAGGACAUCUAACUAUAUAGACUUUUAGGGAACGUGUAUAUGCAGCAAAACAGAGGUUUAAAACCAGAGUCAGUGAUUAUAGAGGAACUCGAUCCGAUCUUAAAUAUUUCCAUCAUUAAUAUUGUCUAGCUGAACAAAGAUGGCCGGCAGCAGCUCCUUACACUGGAGACAGAAAGGAAAUGAUUUAUAUACGUCUGUCAGAGAUGGUCUCAGUCCUGUGAUAAAGCGAGACCGAUUACAACAGGCUUCUAACUGUUACAACAAAGCUCUGAACGAAGGUGGCACUGAGAGUGACAAAAUGUCUGCUUCAAAAAAUCUGGCUAUGACUGCAUGGCGACGGGCCCAGGUGGAGGAAGUCUCGUCGGCGAGGUUCACCACAGCUGUACUAUAUUACAAAGAAGCCUUUAAGUUCUUUUCUACAGCAGUGAACCAUGGACAAGGUGUGAAACCGAAAUCAUGGGUAGAUAAUGUCAAGUCUUCAGCAAAGAUCUGCUGGGAUGGACUUAAAUCUGGGAAAUGUAGUGAGCUGGACAUAGAUGAUAGAGUUGGUGUUUAUUACGAUGUUGUUCAAGAAAUCCACAUCAGUAACAUUCGGGGGGAAUGUUAUCUUGAAAUUGCACAAAAUCAUUUCCAUAUUGGAGUUACAGCCUUGGAAAAGGGAUGCUUUAGGCGUGCAUUGUCAGAGAUGAGGAACUGUCAUAUGCCCUUGCAUGAAGCCAUCGCAAGUGGUAAAGGGGAGGUAACCAUUGAAGGAGAGGUGAAGAUAUUGGAAGCUGAUGUGUUUAUGCACUUCUGUAUGGCUGAAUCCAUGCAGGCUCGGUCUAUAGGAGACAAUUUGUACCACCAAUUGACCAUGGAGGAGGAGGCCCUGAACAUGGAUAUGGCGUGGGAGGUGGUAGACUGGUAUAAGCUGGCCAUCAUUAGGACCCGGGAUGUGACAGAGGUAGAGUUAGAGGCUGUUGCCCUGAGCAGGCUUGGGAGACUUUACGACAAGGUGCUGAAAAUGAAAGAAAAGGCAAAGCGCUACCUCAUCAGAUCCAUGCAUCUGGCCCACAGCAUGCACCCCCGUACUUUCACCAAUGUUGACUGGUUUAAGGAGUGUUCGGAGAUCCUACAAGCAUAUCAGAGGGAGACUGUGUCGGCUGAGGAAGAGGAAUGGAACAAAGAGAAGGAGGAACUGAAGAAGGAGAUGAAGAAAGAACUUGCUGACCUUGCCAAGGCAAACAAGAAAGAAGAUCUGGAGCUUUUGGACUAUUUGUACAAGGAAUACCCCCCAAAGAAACCUAUCCACAAGAAGUUCUUCAAGAUGUCUAUGGCUGCCAAAACUGACUAUCCUCAAAAGAAGAAGUACUACCAACAGUCUGUGGUGAAUUACCAUCCUGACAGGGCUGAUGUAGAGAAACAUGGCAAAAUCUGGAAAGUUUUAACUGAGGAGAUCACCAAGAUGUUGACAAACCGAUACCAGAGGAUGAAAUAGUCAGUUUCGUAUCAAAAAACGAACUUUACUACAAUACUCAGAUUGAUGGGUGUAUGUAAUACUCGGACAGAUGGGUGUAUAUAAUACUCAGAUUGAUGGGUGUAUGUAAUACUCAGAUCGAUGGGUGUAUGUAAUACUCGGUUCGAUGGGUGUAUGUUAUACUCAGAUCGAAGGGUGUAUGUAAUACUCAGAUUGAUGGGUGUAUGUAAUACUCGGAUUGAUGGGUGUAUGUAAUACUUGGAUCGAUGGGUGUAUGUAAUACUUGGAUCGAUGGGUGUAUGUAAUACUCAGAUUGAUGGGUGUAUGUAAUACUCAGAUUGAUGGGUGUAUGUAAUACUCGGAUCAAUGGGUGUAUGUAUAAUACUCAGAUCGAUGGUUGUAUGUAAUACUCAGAUUGAUGGGUGUAUGUAAUACUCAGAUUGAUGGGUGUAUGUAAUACUCGGAUCAAUGGGUGUAUGUAAUACUCAGAUCGAUGGUUGUAUGUAAUACUCAGAUUGAUGGGUGUAUGUAAUACUCAGAUUGAUGGGUGUAUAUAAUACUCAGAUUGAUGGGUGUAUGUAAUACUCGGAUUGAUGGGUGUAUGUAAUACUCAGAUUGAUGGUUGUAUGUAAUACUCGGAUCGAUGGGUGUAUGUAAUACUUGGAUUGAUGGGUGUAUGUAAUACUCAGGUCGAUGGGUGUAUGUAAUACUCGGAUUGAUGGGUGUAUAUAAUACUACGAUCGAUGGGUGUAUAUAAUACUCAGAUCGAUGGGUGUAUGUAAUACUCCGAUCGAUGGGUGUAUGUAAUACUUGUUUCGAUGGGUGUUUGUAAUACUCCGAUCGAUGGGUGUAUAUAAUACUCAGAUUGAUGGGUGUUAUGUAAUUUGAUUGAUGUGAACUUUGCAUGAGAUUAAUAUACAUGUAUGUUUUAGGUCAGUUUACUGAAGACUUUUGUCUUUCAUUUUUUAGCUGGAGACUCUAAUAAACAUUUUUGGUUUAAUUACCUUUGUGUGUUUAGGAAUUUAUCUACAACUAUGACCUUUAAUUCUUUGUGUCAAAGAUUGUUUGAUUAAUUUUUAGUGUCAUUCCAACAUCAGAAUGAAAAGAUUUACAUAUUUUAAAGAUUUGUGACACAAAGGUCACCUGUAAGAUACGUUACCGACUUUUGUACCUUUGUAUUCAUUUUCUGUUUGGUUUAAUUAUUUACAUUACAUCAUUGCCAUAGAACAUUCAGCAGAAAGAAGCAGGUGAUUAAUACAGGACCAUGGGACCUCUUGUUUACAAUUGACAUAUAUCAGAAUGUGAAAGGUGGUCAAUACAUCCCCAUUGGAACUUUUGUUUACAAUUGACAUGUAUCAGUAAGUAGCAGGUCUUUUGUUUACAAUUGACAUGUAUCAGUAAGUAGCGGGCCUUUGUUUACAACUGACAUGUAUCAGUAAGUAGCGGGCCUUUGUUUACAACUGACAUGUAUUAGUAAGUAGCAGGUCUUUUGUUUACAACUGACAUGUAUCAGUAAGUAGCGGGCCUUUGUUUACAACUGACAUGUAUCAGUAAGUAGCGGGCCUUUUGUUUACAACUGACAUGUAUCAGUAAGUAGCGGGCCUUUUGUUUACAAUUGACAUGUAUCAGUAAGUAGCAGGUCUUUUGUUUACAAUUGACAUGUAUCAGUAAGUAGCGGGCCUUUGUUUACAACUGACAUGUAUUAGUAAGUAGCAGGUCUUUUGUUUACAACUGACAUGUAUCAGUAAGUAGCAGGUCUUUUGUUUACAACUGACAUGUAUUAGUAAGUAGCGGGCCUUUUGUUUACAAUUGACAUGUAUCAGUAAGUAGCAGGUCUUUUGUUUACAAUUGACAUGUAUCAGUAAGUAGCGGGCCUUUUGUUUACAAUUGACAUGUAUCAGUAAGUAGCGGGCCUUUUGUUUACAAUUGACAUGUAUCAGUAAGUAGCGGGCCUUUUGUUUACAAUUGACAUGUAUCAGUAAGUAGCGGGCCUUUUGUUUACAAUUGACAUGUAUCAGUAAGUAGCGGGCCUUUUGUUUACAAUUGACAUGUAUUAGUAAGUAGCAGGUCUUUUGUUUACAAUUGACAUGUAUUAGUAAGUAACAGGUCUUUGUUUACAACUGACAUGUAUCAGUAAGUAGCAGGUCUUUGUUUACAACUGACAUGUAUUAGUAAGUAGCAGGUCUUUGUUUACAACUGACAUGUAUUAGUAAGUAGCAGGUCUUUUGUCUACAACUGACAUG